CAGGAUUGCAGUAUCUAUUUGACCAUCUCAGAGGGACCAGCUGAUCAUGCUCUAACGCGUAGCACUGCAGAUGUGGAGCUCAUGGCGACAUGUUGGCGACUGAGAAGAAACCUGGUGGACUGUUGCUGGAGGCUUUGCGAUGGUCACUGCUGCACUGAGCUGCGUGCAUCUGUGGAUUUCAAGUGCCAUUUCUUGGAUCCAUGGGUCUCUCGCAGGACAGUGACAGUGCUAGUUGCAGUCGAGGUGAUUUGCUGUUUGUUGCUCUGCUCCACAUUUUUUUGGCAUGCGCCGUUGGCACAGCUGGGGAUGCCUGAAGGCAGUGGUUGGACAUUCAUCAUCUUGAUCUUAAGCCUUCGCAUUUUCUCUGGGCUGUUUGGCAUAUGGGGAGCCUGCCGGCGGAGGGUGAAACCGGUACGACGCCACUACUAUUUUAUCGUGGUGAACUUGCUGCUCAGUCUGGUGAUCUAUCGACCUUUGCUGCUGUGCGACUGCUUUUGCUUCGAACCCUCCAUGGAUUUGGUCAUGAAUCCUCGAUCCUCCGUGCGAGAGGCUCAGCAAUGCGAUGUUUGGACUUCGUUUGAGGACGUCUCCUCCUCGCGGCGUCUGGCUGUGAAAGGAGACGAAUGGCCAAAUUGCGGCCAAAGUGAGCUGCUGGUGGUGCCGGACCUCUUCAAAGUGUCCAAUGUCUUGCUGAGCGGCCGGAAGAGUUGUGUGGAACUGCCCUUGACCCAGACCUGGGCCACAGUGCUGUUGGAGAUGGACAAGGGCAAUGUGAGCGAUUGGGAUUGGUCCAAGUUGCACCUGCAGGAUUUUCAUAGUGCGCUAACGACCUGCUUCAAGUUGCGCAGAUGUGGAGCCGUCUAUCUGGAAGUCAGCCAGAAGACCACAAGACCAGCAAGUCCAACGCAGUCUGGAUCUUCAUAUUGUGGCAACAUCAACAUCUGCAACUUGAAUCACCCCGUGCUGCCGGACCAAAGCAGCUCGGUGCCGGCCGCCCCUGUAGAUGAGCAGGGCUGCCUAUCGCAGGGAUGGAGAUUGAGCUUGUUGAAAGACAUGGAGAAGUACGAAUGCUUCCGCUUCCGCAUCGGUGCUGUGAACGGUCCGGCCACCGAGUUGUGCCGUUUGGUGGUGCGCGGAUCAAUGCUGCUGCUGCUGUUGGCCAAUGUGGUAGCGAUACCUGCUGCCAUUGUAAUCCGCAAGUUUUUGGAAAACAACUGUGGAGACUUCAUUGACACGGAGGAGCAGUUUGAUGUAGACUGCUACACAGAUUCACGUUUCUCCAUUGCUGAUUCCUUUGUGGCGGGUGCCUGCGAUGCCACCUACUUCAGAGGAGCAAAGGAUCCCUUCAAGCCCAGAUCUCUCAAUACAGCUGGAAGCUCUGUGGAGUUGUCCUCUCCACGGGUGCCAAGUAACUGGGCCAACCAGGAUGGAAGUGCUGGGAUUUGACCGCGAUCCGAUCCCUGCGACGGCGGCAGUUCCGUGGCCGGCACCUCCAAGGUCCUCGUGGAGACGACCCCGUGGAGGCGCAUGGCAUGCGCCGGCAGAGCGGCGGAGCGGAGCGGCGGAGCCCAACGAAGUGCCAACGCCUUGAAACUUGGCAACGCAGUCGGAAGUCCUGAAAGCUCUGAACAAUUCUGACUUGGCACUGGGCUUGAGUGAAAA